UGGGCGUGGCUUGCCUUAGACCGGCUCGCGUGCGCGAGACUUUUCUCUCAAUUGCUCACUGAGGAGAAACCUAAAGCAGAAAGUUCUCUCUCAGAAAAUAAAUAAAUAAAUAAACGAAUAAAACGCGACAAAACCCGGAGCUCCGUCUAUAAAGGAAGCGUCAAGGCCGGACGGGUGUGAUUAGCGCCUGAAAUACAGCCACACACACUCUCACACACACACUCUCACACACGCAGGCACAGUGCUGUAACCCGUCCUGUCCUCAGGUGCCGGCUGAUAGAGAACCGUACGCUCCGGAACGACACUGCUUCCAGACAUGGAGACCUUCGGCACUAUUUUGGCUUUGCUGAUGAUCUUCAGCGCUGCUGCAGCUUCAGAUUCCACGUUCUGCGAACUGGAUGGGAUUUACGGAAAAGGAAAUGAAGUCAUCAACGUGGUGGAGAAAACAGAAGGGUGCCGGACGAACUUCGUGAUGGAGAACGGGACAGAAGUGCACAUCCUCAAACUGCGCUUUUCUCAAGAGAAUACCUACCCGAUGGUUACGAUGACUACAGCCGCUCCGUCCAUCCUGAUCUUCACCAGCACAGACACGGACUACAAAACCAUCUACUUCACUCACACCUCCAACUCCAACGUAAAGAUCUACGUGACAGAUAAUACUUCGUUUCAUGAAGUAUAUGGCUAUAAGCUUCACAUCGCUCCAGCCGGUCAGGGCAAUGAGCUGGUGUCAUGGGCAACGCGACAGUUCGGAGGAGUUUCAUCCUUCACCACGCUCCACGAUCCGAAGAACAUUAACUUCACCAAGAGUAAAGGAACUCCGCUUGCGUCCACCUGCCAGCUGAGCUGGGAAUUACCGACGAUGAAGGAGUCACUGGAGGUCGAGACUGAUCUGUCUGCAGUUACAUCAUGCCUGCUCGACUCCCAGGACGAGCUUCACAUCAUCAACAUCCCGGAUCACGUCGGCCCCAGGAACGUCUCGCUGGACGUGGUUCCGACUGGUGUGCAGCUGGUCCUAAGGGGUCCGGCUGGAACCUUCUGGAAGGUCAACGCUGAAAUUACCUCUCUCAUGUCCAACAAUGCCAUCCAAUUAAACGGUGUGGCCCUGAAUGGGAGGAUGAACCUCUCUGACAGCGACACUGAGCUCCAGGAUCUGGUACUCGGUUAUUUUAAGACCAAAUCAAUCAGAAGCUACACGAAGAUUCAUCUGAAGGGCCCGAUGAUUGAGAUCACGAUUAGAAAGAGAGAAACUCCAGUGACUGAGCGUGCUGAGUUGACGACGACAGAGACUCCUGUAUCUCACACCUCAAUGCAUUUGUUCACGGCUCCCGAUUACAAGGUGGAACUCGAUCCCCACACUGUACUGCAGACCAACAAGAGGAUCUACGCUCAGGUCUCGAGUUUGAUCCUCGGAGAUGGGGCCAUAUUUAUCAGAGUGAAGUCAUGUUUAGUGCGCUCCGCCGGCAUGCAGCCGGUGGAGAGGAUAAUCUCCCUUAAACAGGAGCCUUGCUCGGGAUGCCAUAAGAACACCAGGUUCAGCUUCUCCCUCGACGUGCUGCAGGAUCUGCCCGCCAACAGAUGGGAGCUUCAGUGUCACGUCAGCCACUGUUACAAUGUACACCAGCGUGAGGGUUGCACAGACCCGUGGCCCAUGAAGAGGAACGUGGAAGUCACGCCGUCGUACGUCCCACCGCAGAAUUCAGACCACUGUUUCAAGUUCACCCUGCAGUCGGUUCUGGGCAUCGCCUUCGGAGGUUUCCUCAUCGGCAUCCUGCUCAUCGGCGCGCUCUGGUUCAUCAAAAUCCGCACAGGUUACCCCAUCGCUCUGGGUUUUGGCUCCACAGGGACCUUCUUCUCAGGAUGUCCAUGCAGUCUGAUUAAGCGCCAUGCAGUGCCCACUAACCCGUCUCCCUCUGAGAACAGCAGUGCCAACGGCAGCAUGAGCAGCACCCAGAGCACACCGACCAGCAGCAUGGCAUGAGCAUGGACACACACACACACACACACACACACACACAGACACACACACACACACGCACUCAGACGAACAGGGCAGGGCUUUUUUCGUCUGAACCAGGAACCUUUGUAAACUCCGCCUCCGCAGCCACCCAGCAUCAGGAAGUCGGCCGGACAAAAAACCCUGCCUCGGUCCGAGACAGGAAAAACACAGCAUAUCCCCCAAGAACUAACAGGAAAUUCACAGCAUUCCUCUCAACAGAUCGGAGGCACAAUAAGACUCGAGGAGAAAAACACAGAUCAAACCGCCGUGACCUGCAUCACCCCCUUAAUUAGUACACAAAAAAAAGAAAGAAAAAGAAACAGUCGCAGUUGACGCACACAAAGAGACGUCAGUCUCACGUUUUUAUCCACUAUAUAAAAAAAUUCCUGCCUCUCCAGCCUCCGAGGACACGUUUGGGAAAAGGCUACCUCUUCAUUUAUCUAGAGUACAGACAGAAGUCGAAAUAAAGUAGCUCCGCUUAGUCGUGUUGCGCCGUUUCUGAUG